AUGGAGAGGAAGGGCUCGGCGGCCGCGGCCAAGGGGAACCCGAGCCCGCCCGCGGCCGGCGAGGCGCAGCGGCCGCCGCCGCCACUGUGCGUCCCGGGCGGUGGUGGUGGCGGCGGCGGCGGCGGCGGGGUCCCGACGCGCGGCCAGGUUGGGGCGGCGGCCGAGCCCGCCGAGUUCAUCCGGCGGGCGCACGAGUUCAAGAGCCAAGGGGCGCAGUGCUACAAGGACAAGAAAUUCCGCGAAGCCAUAGGCAAAUACCACAGGGCGUUGCUGGAGCUGAAGGGGCUGCUGCCGGCGCCCUCGGAGCAGGAGCGGGACUCGCGCGCGGCCUCCCCGGCAGGGGCCCCCAACCCCGGCCGCCUCUCGGAGGAGCAGAGCAAGACGGUGGAAGCCAUCGAGAUCGACUGCUACAACAGCCUGGCAGCCUGCCUGCUCCAGGCCGAGCUGGUAAACUAUGAGCGAGUCAAAGAGUAUUGCCUCAAAGUCCUGAAGAAAGAAGGAGAGAACUUCAAGGCCCUUUACCGGUCUGGUGUGGCCUUCUACCACCUUGGAGACUAUGACAAAGCCCUCUACUACCUGAAAGAAGCCAGGACCCGACAGCCGACAGACACCAACGUGAUCCGGUAUAUCCAGCUGACAGAGAUGAAACUCAGCAGGUGUUCCCAGAGAGAGAAGGAAGCCAUGUAACCAGGACACCUCCCUAGAGCUGCACCUGCGCCAGACCUGGGACUUCAGGCGAAGAGCCCGAUGAAGAGCCCCUCCUGGGUUUUGUUCCCUUCUCCCCACUUCUUCCGGCUCCCCCUCCUUCCUCCUGCUACUCCUCCACAAUCUGUCUGCUCCCGGUGUGAAGAGAAGGAGACACACAGUUUGGGAAUCUGGUCGGUUGCCCGCAAUGGAGAGUCCCCUUCUCUAGUAGGUCAGCUACUGAGAGGGACCUCACUUCUUCGGGGACAGCUGGAGAGGACUCUUACGGGCUGGGAAUGCUGUUGCAGCCUUGACUUUGGCCAGUGCUUCUGACGGAGGCAGAGCCUGGUAGGUGUACCGUCCCAGAGGCAGCAGGCACGGAGACCACGGGCUGGACCCCUCCACGCUUUCCCGACACGCCAGAGCAUCUCCAGGCAACUGUGUCGAAUGCGGGGAUGAGACAAACACCAGAAGCAUCGGUUAAGCCAACAGACCCUGAAUUUGUACACUGGAUUCCCCACCCCGACCCCCCGUAACCUCAGCCCCUGCCUCCCUCCCUCACUUGUUGUCUCGGCUUUCUUCUCUCCCCCGCCUUGGGGAUCUGAGACUCUGCCAGGUUUCACAUGCCACUGAAGCCCACUCUCAGUGCCCUCUGGUGACCACACAUACCAUUCUGCCAUACUCCCACCCAGCAGGCAGCUGUGACAGCAGAGGGGCAGGGUGAAGUGGGCCCGGGGCCGACCGCAUAGGUGACGGAGGGGAGGGGAGCUGACGUCUAGGGGAAGGAGCAUUGUAUGGACUGGGGAUCGAACUGUGGACCGAGUGUAAAUAAAGAUACAUUAACGGGCA